GGAGACAAUGCGCGGUCCGAGUCGCUUGCCCCGCGUUCUUGGCUAUCGGAUGCGUCGCACCACAUACCUGUUGGAUCGUCAUGUUGGUGUUGGUUUGCUAGGCGUCUUUAUGUGAUACUGUGAAGAUAUGCGUUCGGAGCUCGGUGUAGUAUGUUAUCCGAGACUAGUCAUCAAAACCUCAACCGCAUAGAUCAUCUAGAUGGAAUGCGCCAUCAACGACCUUCCUAGGUCCAUAAUAAAGGACGUAGUAGACCAGAGAGAUCGAAAUCCAUUGAAAUAAAGAACGGCCCUUAAUACUCUCACUUUCCUCACGACUUCAACGGAAAUUCUCUAUCCUUCUCUUUGACUCACCCUCGCCAUGAUGUCUACACACUACUUCUCUGGACGACACAUCGUCAUCGCCGGCGGGGGCAUGGCCGGGCUGUCGUUCGCCAUCGCGCUCCGCAAGUUAUGGCCCGGCAGCCUCCUCCCCGCUCCCCGCGUGACCGUUUUCGAGCGCGACACGAAGCUGGACGCAGCCGGCCGGGAAGGCUACAGUCUCUCGCUCGCCGGCUUCGACAGCACGGGCGGGCUCGUCGCGCUCAAGGACCUGGGCCUUCUCGACGAGAUCCUGGGCCACGCGCUCACGGGAUUAGGCGAGACAGGCGCCUUCAAGAUAUGGGACGCCGACUGGAGCGAGGUCAUGAGCGUGCGCCUCCGCCCCGCAGAGGGCCUGCCGACUUCUUUGAUAAGGAUCAAGAGAAAGGAUCUGCGGCAGACCCUUCUGAGAGCGGUGGGGGAGGACACGGUGCACUGGGGAGUCGCUUGUCUCGCGGCAACAAAACUGGAAGAUGGGAAGGUGACGGUGCAGCUCUCCGGUCACGCACAGCCAUCCAUCGAAUGCGACCUGCUCAUCGUAGCGGACGGCGCAAACAGCAAGAUCCGAGCAAGCCUGCGGCCCGAUGACGGCCUGGAGUACGCGGGCGCUGUGCAGAUGGGCGGCAUCGCGCGCUUCCCGGCUGGCGUCCCGCCGCCGCUCAACAACAACUGGGGCAUGCAGUUAUCGGGCGGCCAGGGCGUCGGCUGCUUCUACGCGCAGGUUGACGACACCAGUGCCGUGUGGGGGCUCAGCUUUCUGGAGAAGGAACCCCGGCAGAGGCUCACGUUCUCGACCUUCCAUUCCCAGGAGGCCAUCCGCGCGGUACAGGAAGAAGGACGCAGACGAGGUCAUAUGCUAGGACCACUCUUCCACACCAUGGUCGACGCAACCACGGACCACGCCAUCGUCUUCCCAGCGAGAGACAAAAAGCCGUUUGGGCAUACUAUGGACCUCCCCGUUGUCUUCAUCGGCGAUGCCAACCACGCAGUCAGCCCGUUUGCUGGGUAUGGCGCGAGCCUAGCCUUGAAAGAUGGCUGGGAUCUGGCUCAGCAACUCGUAACAGCAGGCUCGGUUGAAGAGGCUGUCCGGAGAUAUGACGCCAUCAGCGUUCCCCGGGCCAACAAAGCGUUGAGUACUUCAAGAUUCCGGAUCAAGUGGUUCCAUUGCACGGGCUGGACCUUCUUCUUUGCCCGGGCUCUUCUAGUGGUUGGCGGAUUGAUGCUGCGGCUCAUGGGAAGGGACUGAGCGAUAAACAGUGUAUCAGUCUGUACGAUAUCUAUGUUGGUCCCGGUGUAUAAGAUCCUGCUCAAUCAUACAACACGUAAUGUUUUGAAUAU